AUGGCGUGGAACGAUUCUCUCGCUCAAAAACUGAUCAACAUUGCUGCCUUUGUCCUCUUCACCGGAGGCAACAGCUACGGCAGCGUCGCACCCGGCUCGAGGUGGGGCGCUGGCGCGCACCCAUCCUAUCUGACUCCUGAGCCCUGGAUCUUUGGCACCUGGGCCAUCAUUCACAUUCUCCUGAUCGGGCUGCUGGUCGUUCAAUUCACCGAUGUUGGUCACGCACCGGUCAUUGGCGGACUCGGCUGGCGCUUCCCUCUUCUCUGCGUGCUCAAUGCCCUCUACGCCGGCUUGAGCUCUGCUCACUCCAGUGGUCACGGCAGCGUAUCUGACUUCGUCUGGAGCUUGCUUGCCUUCAUUGUGAUGAUCUUCGUUGCUGGCUCUGUCAGUCACAUCUACCGCACCAUCAAAGUCCACUACCCAGCGAAGACCCUGCUUGAGGUGGUCUUCAUCCAUGCUCCUUUUUCUCUCUGGCACGGAUUUUCGGUGGUGCUCCUGUUCCUCUCUGGCUUCUCCGCCUUUGGCGUCGAUGCAAGCCACCACAAGGCCGGAAUUGCCACCGACAUUCUGGUCUUUGCCGCGCUGCUUCUGCUCGAGGCCACCGCUGCAGGAUACGCGCUGCAUGCCAAUGGUGACCUCGUCGGCGCUGCUGUCAUCUCCGCAGCUCUGCUCGCCAUCUUCCAGCACCAGACCAUUUCGCACGCCAACAAGUUCAUUCACUACAGCGCGCUUGUUUUCUUCAUCAUCAGCUUGGUUGCUGUUGUGAGAGCUGCUAUCGCUGCCAUCCAAGGUCGCAGCGCUGCCGGUGCUUCCGAGCGCACUCCUCUAGUCGCUUGA